GUAUGUUAUGUAAUUUGUUAUCAAACAUAAAGAAAAACCCAUUACUAUAUUCUCAAAUCCUCAUCUUAGAAUGAAUAAAAAAACUCAGGCUGCAAUCACUAACACGUACUGUGGCUAUUAAUUAGGUUUUCUCAUGCGAUAAACAUUCCUCACUUGCUUUUGCAGCAAAAUCCACCUGCACUCACUCACCUUUAUGAUCAUCACCGAUGGGCAUCCACAUGGAAUGCCCUGCACCUCCACCUGCACCGCGGAUCAUGAAUCUGUAUCAUGAUCCUGCACGUUUUUGCCUUCUUAUCCUCCUUCUCGUGCCGCCGGUCACGGCACAGUUUCAAAACUCGCCUCCGUCACCGUCGCAGUUGGAUCCUUUCACGAGACUAAGGUUCGACAAGACCAUGGCUGCGGUUCUCGUGAUCCUCGUCGUCGUCUUCUUCGCUUUGGGAUUCGUGUCCAUCUACACGCGCCAAUGCGCCGAGCGCCGGAUCAGGGGGAGGCUCGACCUGGCCGUGGCGAUCGCCGGCGGGAUGGAGCGGCGGCAGCAUCAUGGGCUCGACCGGGCGACCGUGGACACGUUCCCGACGUUCGUGUACUCAGAGGUUAAAGCCCUGAAGAUCGGGAAGGCCACGCUGGAAUGCGCUGUGUGCCUCAACGAGUUUCGCGACGACGAAACGUUGCGUUUGAUCCCCAAAUGCUGCCACGUGUUCCAUCCCGAUUGCAUCGAUGCAUGGUUGGUGAAUCACUCCACUUGUCCCGUUUGCCGCGCCAACCUCUCGCCGAAACCCGAGGACGCGCUUCCUCCCGUUGAGAUUCACAUUCCGGAUUCGGCCCGGCCCAACGGGCCAAACGCAGAGCCCGAUUAUGAUCCCAAUUACAUCAAUCCUGUCCGUGAAGGUGAAGGUGAAGGUGAACGAAACAGAAUAGUUACGGAACCUCUUAGUUUAGAUGAUCCGAACCGAGUCGGUCCCGUUAGGUCUAGAUCGACGGGUUUUGGAGUUUCAAGGCUGUUUCCGCGCUCCCAUUCAACGGGUCAUUCUCUGGUUCGACCGGGAGAGGACUGUGAGCGGUUCACACUGCGGUUGCCAGAGGAUGUGAGGAACCAGUUAAUGAGUUCUGGGACGCUGAACCGGACCAAGAGUUGUGGGGUGACGUGGGAGCGGCAGAGUAGUGGAAGGAGGGGUUACAGAACGAGGAGUGUGGGGAGAAGCUAUCUGCGAUACGAGCGGUUCGGUGGGGAUGGGCGGUUGGACCGGUGGGGGUUUAUGUGGACCCCACCGUUUUGGGGCAGAACCGGUUCGGGGAGAUCAGCAAAGUCAACAAAGAUGAAGGAUGAAGUGGACGUGGGAGAACGUUCCUCUGACCUUUUAUUUACCAGAGAUUGAGGAUGAGAUUCGAGAGACAUUUGGUGUGCAUACAAAUCACCUCUAAUUUCUUAUUAUCAUUUUAUAUAUACAUAGAUUUCGUGUUCAUAGUAUUCCAUUUCAACUUUUUAGAUUUGGAUUUAUAUCAUUUGUAAGUUCGUUCAAAACAGAGACAUAUUUCCUGAAAAAGAAAGGAAAAGACAAUGUAAAAUUCAAUUAUACUUCUAAAU